CUGUAUUAUUCCGGCCAACCUGGCCCGGGGCGCGGACGGUGCCUUGGAUUUUCUCUUUCUCAUCGCCCACGCAGCAGUUAUUGUAGAUACACCGUCUGUGCUCUGUUGCCAACUUGCCAUCUCACGUCCCCCCUUCCUUUACAGUUCACGCUUCUACUCUGCUUCAAUUCUCUCACUCUCUCUACUCUGAUCUCUAUUGCUUCCUUUCUCUUUGACAAAGCUUUCCACACUCAAAACGAAGAGCGAACCUAGAGAAGCCAGUGAAAAGAAUCGGAAAGUGCACCGUUGCGACUGGACCCAUCUUACAUUUGGAGGAGUCCAUUCCAUUUCCAACAGAAACCAAGAUCCAAAAAUGGAACAUGGGAGAGAAGAGGAGUUGUCUUUGAUUGAAAAUGAUAGAGAUUAUGGUUAUCCCAUCAAUGGAGGAAACCUGGAUAAUAUCAGAGGGGAUGGUGGAUCAGAUAGGAAAGGAAAAGUAGGAGAUCUGGAUGAUGUCUUACUUGAAGAAGCUGUUAAUAAACAGCAAGAAGAUGUAACCAAAGCCCAUGAGACUAACUUUCAACACCCAUGCGUUGGAAUGGAGUUUGAAUCUGAAGAAGAAGCAUACUAUUUUUAUAAUCAGUAUGCAAGAGAGAUUGGAUUUAGCACUAGAAGAAGUUCAACCCAAAAAUCAAGGCGUACUGGUGAUUUAAUAGCUCGUUCAUUUUGUUGUUCUCUUCAAGGAUAUCAAGAAGUCAAAUUUAAUGGGAUUGAAGAGAAGAAAAAAAUACGAUCUGAGUCAAGAACAGGCUGCAAGGCACUGAUGAAUAUAAGAAAGAAGGGAGCCAAAUGGAUUGUAACUCGAGUUGUGGAGGAGCAUAAUCAUGCUUUGGCAACUACAACCAAAUUCAAGAACAAUCAUUACAUACUAAAGAGGUGGACAAGAGAUGAGAAGUCAGGACUUCUGAUAGACAACCAAGGUGUAGACAUUCAAGCCAAUUAUCAGGAGCCUGUGACAAUAAGGUAUUGCAAUAUUUGUCGUCAAGCAGCAUACAUUCCAACCAAGGCUGCUGUAAAUGAUGAAGUUUACAAGUUGGCAAUGGAUGGCCUACGUGCAACUUUGAAAGAUGUUGAGGAGGCAUUAAAAAGGAUAUCAAUUGGUUCCAUGGCACAAGCAUCACCUGAUCUAUCCAUUACAAAACACAGAGGGCACCUGAAAAAGAGAAAUCAUCCUUGGAUAGCCAAUUGAAGAAGACAAUGAUCACUGAAGCAGACAAACAAUUAUAUGGGACUUUUGAGGAGCCAACUAAUUUGUUAGGUGGAGAAACUUGGAUACCAAGGAAAAAGGCCAAAGUGGGACCAAAUAUAGAAACUACAAUUCUUGUAACCGAUGAUAAGCCAGGGAAUAUGGCAGAACUAACCAGUGUGACAGUAUGUCAUCAAGAUGAUCUAAUAGACAAUGAUAUUAGUAAAUGUGAGGAAGAUGUUGAAGUCAAUGCAAAUGAUGAUUUUCACCCAUGUGUUGGCAUGGAAUUUGAAUCUGAAGAAGAUGCAUACAAUUUUUAUAACCAGUAUGCAAGAGGGAUUGGAUUUAGUGCAUGGAGAAGUUCAACCCAGAAAUCAAAAUGUACCGGUGACUUAAUAGCUCGCUCAUUUUGUUGUUCACUUCAAGGAUAUCGUGAAAUCAAAUCUGAUAGAAAUGAGCAGAAGAAAAGAGUGCCAGUAGAAUCAAGAACAGGGUGCAUGGCACUGAUGAAUAUUAGAAAAACAGGAACUAGAUGGAUUAUAACUCGACUGGUAGAAGAGCAUAAUCACAUUCUGUCAACUCCAAGAAAGUGCAAACAAAAUAAUUACAUUUUAAAAUGGCAGACAGAAAAUGCAAGGUCAGGGCUUGUAGUGGGUGACCGUCACAAAGAUAUACAAGCCAAUUGUGAAGAGCCUGUGACAGUUCGGUAUUCUAAUCUUUAUCGUGAGGCAACCAAAAUUGCAGAGAAGGCUUGUACCAAUAAUGAAGUGUACAGCGUGGAAAUGAAUAGCUUAUGUACAACAUUAAAUGAUGUUGAAGACACACUGAAAAGGACAUCAGUUGCAGUCCCUUCUCAUGAUAGCAUAGCAUAUACUGAUUUAGAUUCCCAACACCAUGGUGCUUCCUUUGUUGACCUGGGACAGAAGAAUUUUGGCCAGGGAACUACACCAGCUUGGGUAUUGAAUCAACAAUUCACCAGUUUUGAUCUUAAUGAUCCUAGUCAGGUAUUCCUUCAUCCUGCACUUUGUUAAACUACUUGAGAACAAUAAACCUUCAACUUUUACUUCUAUCCUCUUCUGGAACCCAAUUAACUUGAGCACUAAAUGAUAUAUAAGGAUGAUUGUCAGGUUGGUACUUUAUGUUCUUUUUGGUUUCACAGAAGGGAGAUGGGAGACCUAUGUAAAUAAGGAUGAACUGGUUUUGCACUUUUGCUUGCCUACCCCACAAUGAGCAAGCUAUAGUUUUCAUAAUAAAUCAAAAUUGAA